UUAAAGUCAGUGCAUCCCCACUCAGAAUCUUACAAUUCUCAAGCCCUCAACUCUCCCCCCACUUUGACUUUUCUUUCAGAAGAGCUUGUGGAGUUGAAAACUGAGUAAACAUGGUUGCACUCAGGCUUGUGGUAGCAUCACUUUUAAUUUUCUGUUUAGCUGGAAGUUGCUAUGGGAAGGUUCACUUCUCUUCCCUGAAAAGAACCCUUGAUGUCACAGCUUCCCCCAAGCAUGGACAAGUUCUGGUGGCUGGAGUAGAUAAAAUCACCGUAACAUGGGCUUUGAACAAGACCUUACCCGCAGGGACAGACUCUGCGUACAAAACCAUAAAGCUGAAGCUGUGCUACGCGCCCAUAAGCCAACGAGACCGCGCGUGGAGAAAGACCGAGGAUGAGCUCUCCAGGGACAAGACAUGCCAACACAAGAUCGUAGCCAAACCCUACGACGCUUCCAACAAAACGGUGCAGAGGUUCGAGUGGUUGGUUGAGCGCGACGUGCCCCAAGCCACGUACUUCGUACGCGCAUACGCGUUUGACUCAAACGACGUCCAAUUGGCUUACGGCCAGACCACGGAUCCCAAGAAGAGCACCAACUUGUUCGAGAUCCACGCAAUCAGCGGCCGCCACGCGUCCCUUGAUAUCUGCUCCGUUUGCUUCAGCGUUUUCUCGGUCCUGUCGCUCUUUUUCUUCUUCUUUCUCGAGAAGAGAAAGGCUAAGGCUUCUUCCUCAAAAAGUUGAUCCAGCCACACACCACGGCAACGUGAGAAAAACAUUGUAGGUUUUCUAAUGGUUGGCAUUUCAUGGUCGUUAAUAAAUCAUGAGGGACCCGUUUGUCCCUCUUACUAGCUGGUUAUCUAUAUUUUGUAGUACUACAACUAAAUUACACGUCAAUGUGAGCAUUAUCUCCCCCCUAAACUUGUAAUAUGAGGAUGAGGGAAGAUAUUUAAUGAUAAUUCGAUGUACGUGAUUAGGAUGGUAGCAUGUUAUCAAAGUCAUAAGUAAUAAAAAAAAUGUCAAAUUACUUGGUCCAUGACCAGGAGUUUUACUACUUUUUUUGCUUGCCA